UGCUUGGGCAGUACACGGUUAAAUAUGGUAAUUGUUGGUAAUAGCUUUCGGGUGCUUCGUGAAGCCUGUUGAGAUCCACCAAAGUGGAUCCCAGUGCUUGGUGUUUUGGGCAACGCUGAUAAAAAGUAACCAAUAUCAUUAAUACCAUUAAAAACAACUUGAAUCAAUUUCAAUUGCAUAAGAUAAACAAUUCAAUGUAUAUAUCUUUACCAUAAAUAUAGACUUGAAUUGAUAAAUAAUUAGAUGCUUACUAAAUAUACAAUGUCCUUUAAUUACAUGGUAUUUCAGCCGAUUUUAAGGCAAAUUUUUAAAGGCAAAUUUCACAUCUGAUAUUCUCGGCAUUCAAACAAGAACUUUUUUUUGUCCUUACAGGAGCGUGCAGGCAUGGUGGUUUGCAGAAUGCCAGUGCAUCACAUAUUCACAGGCUGAACUGGCAAGGUGUAGGGGCCAUAUACGGAGCUUUUGGGAAGGAUCCACUCCCAGCCAGGGGACGUGAAGACAUGUACUGGGUGAUGUCCAGCAGCUCAAAUUCUUUUACUUCAUUUCAGCUGUAUGCCAACUAUCGGGCAAUGCAGACCUUCGUGAAAAUGGAACAAAGACAAAUGCAAUGUAACUACGAUUGUGGCCAUGGUAUGGACGUAGUGGUAUACAAAAACAAUUUAUUUUACAGAUGCAGUACAGGUAACGUGAUGUGUAAAUACAGUCUCUCAACAUUUUCCAUUAAACGGGCACAACUACCCCAAGCUGCAGGAAACAAUAAAUUCCCUUACCUGGGCUCGGCCUACUCUGAUAUGGAUUUCUGCGUGGAUGAGCAAGGUCUGUGGGUCAUUUACUCAAACGAUAGCAAAGUUUCACUUGCUAACAUUAACGAUGAUUCUUUGCAAGUUAUCAGCACGUGGACCACUUCACAAUACAAACCAUCAGUCAGCAAUGGCUUCAUGGUGUGUGGAGUCCUCUACCUCACUCGCACGUUUAGCCUUGAGGCUGAAGAGAUCUAUUUUGCAUUUGACACCAACUCUAACCAGGAAAGGUCUUUGAGCAUCAUAAUUGAUAAGCCCUUGGAAAAGAUGAGCAGCCUUAGCUAUAACCCAGCCGAUCACAAGCUGUACAUGUAUAAUCAAGGAUAUUUAGUUACCCAUAAAUUGUCCUUUAAACACGUAUAAUUUUAGUUAAAUGCUAAAUGGUUUAGUAGUGAAGAUUAAAAUGGAAAGUUAGUCAUGAGGUGGCAUCGUGCACUUUCACACAUGCUGUCGACACGAGUUCUCUCCACCUCUUUUGUUAAUGCAAUGAGUUUUGCUUUAUUCUCUGAGUGUAAUCUUUGGACUAUCUGUUGCUGAUGAUUUUAUAUAUCUAGCAUUGCUUAAUGAAUCUCAAUAUACUUUUGCAUGAGGGUCUUGAAUUUGCAUGUUUGGCCAUUUGCAUUAUUGAUUUGCAUGCUUGAGAAAACCAGAGAGAAUGGACACAUGACGGGAUACUGUUGUAUAUGUAGGUUAUGAAAAUUUGAUGAAAAUAAUAAAAAUUAAAUGAAAUUUGAAAGUUGCAUAAUUGUCCGAAAUUAUGUU